AUGUCCAGCCACAAAGGUGGCAAGAAGUGCCUGAAGCAGCCCAAGAAGCAGGUCAAGGAGAUGGACGAGGAAGACAAGGCAUUCAAGCAGAAGCUAAGAGAGGGGCAGAAGAAACUUGAGGAGCUAAAAGUGAAGGCUUUGGAGAAGGGCCCCCUGCCCACAGGUAAAAUUAAGAAAUCUGGCAAAAAAUUCCUGAGCUGUUCCUUGUGCCUGGGGCUGUGGUGA